AUGACCUACUUUUAUUGGGAAUUUCCAACGGAUUUAUCAAUCGAUCGUCGCGUAUUGGUUUUAUAUGAUAUUAGUCAAUGGAAAACUGUCGAGAAGUCUUAUGAAAGUUUCGAAAAAUUAUGUAUCACAUUGGGAAUAGAGAACAUCUCGUUCAGUGAUUUCGAAUGGUGGUUCGAUCAUUUUACAAAAGAAAACUAUUAUAGGAUUAUAGAUGGAAGAUGUGUUCAAUCUGACGUCAUCAACGGAAAAUCCCAGGAGAAAUCAUAUAAUGAUUUACGUGAAGCGUUCGGUGAUGUUGAUGAGAAAUCUCAUAGUUAUUGGUACAAAGAGUUCGAAAGGCAGAAACAUCAAGUCACAUUCUCCAAAUUGCCGAUCGAUAUUGUUGUGAAAAUUGUAGAGAAAUGUGAUUUAAGAUCACAUGUAAAACUCCGAAAAGUUUCACAAGGACUUCGAAUUGUUGUCGAUCGAAUUAAACCUCCAAUCACGGAAAUUGAAGUGAAGUGUAUGGCCAAUGAUGUCUUUGUCUGUUUUAACAAAGAAUCAUUGAUGUCGACUGAUUCCCCUUGGAAGAGACUAUUAGCCCUUUCGAUGAUUCAUAACAAGAAAUAUGUGCGUAUCGAUCCCGCUGAUCUGGUUAAUGCAUUGAUUCAUCCGAAACUUCGAUUGAACUUUUUUCGAUUCCAAACGAAUUUCUCCUGGACCGAUGUUCUUCAAAGAUUAAGUAUUCAAAUUCACGUGAAACAUUGCUCAAUUGGAGUGCUCAAAGAGGAAUAUAUUCUUGAAAUUUUGAGAAUUUUGAGACCUGGAUCACUUGAGAAGUUGACGAUUGAGUCCGAUCUUGGACUUCCAUUGAUUGAUCAAAGAGCGAAUAUGUUGUAUCGACAAUCGAUUUUUGAAAAAGUGGUUCAGAUGGAUCAAUGGAAGCGAGCAAAACAUGUGGAAAUCAUAAGGAGGCUCUCGUUGCCGAUCGAAAAUUUCUUCCAUUUAACCACAUUCGAAACACAUCUUCCAUCGAUUUCAGUGGAAAUGCUUACCAAAAUGAUUAGCGCACUCUCCAAGUCGUCAAAUUUCGAAUAUUGUUUUGUUACAACGAAGGAAAGAAUGGACUCCGGCUCAAUCGAGAGAGAAUUGAAUCUCCAGGAUGCUGAUGAUUGGGGAAUACACCAUAUUCCUAACACGAAUCUUUCUGUUAAGGUUUUCGAUCAUCUACAUGGAUUCAAAUUAACUAAAAAUGUGUAA